UAGUAAGUCUUCGUGGAAUUUGUUUGGCAGAUUUCUUCAUUUUGACGUUCUGUCAUGCAGGAUGAUUAACACAAUUCAGGACUUCUGUUUCUGUUUUCGCGUAGCUUUAUGCUGUCGCGUGGUAUUGCGUAGAGAGGCGUACGCUAAGCUCUGAUUGAAAUGUAUAAGCCAGUUAUUUUCAUUUCGACAUAGCUCCUGCAGUUUUAGGAUUAUCGCCCACACAUUCUUUUGUUAAAUUUUGAACGGAGAAGCCUCGCACAAAGACCUUUUGAUUUGAUGAAAAUACUUCAAGCCUUACCAACUCAUAUUAAUACACAUUGAUUCACCCCAAUUCACAUUAAACCAUCAGAGGACUAUAAGAGGAUUCAUCUGUUUUGAUACAAUUAACGACCAUGGGACAAGGCUGUAUUGGCUAUCCUGGUCGCGGACGUCCAGCGAUAUCGUGUAACCUAUUAUCGAUAACAAUCUUCUCAGUGAUUCAUCGCUCUACUGCCCCGUGUUUAAUCAUCUCAUCGUCGGCCGGUAAUUAGAUCGGGCUCUGGAAAUCUGAGAACAUGUUCGCAUCAACCAUGGAACCGGAGAUGUUCAAUUUUUCCCUCUCACCUGACCAGAAUUUCUCCUCCAACAUAACAGAUAUUCAACACGACACGGCCGAAUGGGGUCGUCUGGUCAAGAUGAUCUCCACCCACAUCAUCGUGGUCAUAGGCCUGGUAGCCAACACCCUGACCUUUAUGGUCAUGAAGACCCCUCGGCUCAGGUACAAAUCCUACUCGCACUACCUGAGCGCUCUCGCUGUUUUCGACAGCCUCGUUCUGGUGAGUCUGGAACUGCACGUGAUCGACGAGAUGCUGCGCCUGAUGUACAACCAACACGGCCUGUUCUACAACUUCUCUCACGAGAGUUGCAAGGUAAACAGUUGCCAUGGCUCCGUCUGUAACCUGAUGUCAUCAUGGCUGAUCGUUGCCAUGGCGAUAGAACGCUUCUGUGUGGUGUACAUGCCCUUUAGACGGAACAUGUGGUGCCAACAGCGGGGUGCCGUCAUCAUUAUCAUCUCGUUGUUCUGCGUCAUGUCCUGCAUACAGGUCUUCAGGUUUGUGAUGGUGGGCAACAACGGCGACACCUGUGCAGGUGUGGACAACAACAUCUACCUGUUGCUGCACAUCUACGUCUACCAGUUCGCCCUGCUCUUCACCACCCCCGUCACCAUCGUCCUCAUCUGCAACAUCGGCGUCCUUGUGCGGAUACUGGAGGUCGAGCGGGCGACGCAGAACGAGGAAUCGUCGUCCACACGUCUCACUGGAAGUUCCAGGAGACGCAGCAAAACAACCCGGAUGUUGCUGGCCAUCUCCUUCACGUACAUCGUGACCGCCCUGCCCCACGUGACCUUGACCAUCUUCGUGCACGUCAUGCUGAAGUUGUACCACAGGGACUUUGUCGAGGGCUUCGUGCAGGCCGUGCCCUGGAUGGAGUUCCUGCAGGCCAUCUCAAAUGUCAACUACGCCUCCAACUUUUUCAUCUACAUUUUGUCCGGAAAAAAGUUCCGGAAGGAGCUGAGGCGGAUCUUCACGCACGAGCGCGUCACCAGCUACACCGUGGGCAGCACGCGGACACGUGACGAGAUCCUGAUGAUGUCAUACUGACGCUGCACCGACGGAUGACGUCACGCUGGCCUGGUUGUAGGCGGGAGAAGAGUUUGACGAGAACGAUGAUGACGUCGAUACGACGCUGGACCUGUGGAUAAUGACAUGUUGUGACGUCAUGCCGUAUGGGAUCCAGAAGAUUCCUAUUUUGCCGAAGACUUUCCGUGAUGAAUUUACGACCUUAACCCCAUAGGUCAGUGAAAAACCACUCCCCCCCAUUUAUUGGACAUUAAUGGACCCUUCCAUCUGUGACCGUCUGGGUCAACCUGAGAUAACCUUCGUCAACGACCUUGACUUUUUUCAAGUACCGGAGUAUCAAUGCGGCUUCUCGUUGACCUUCGAAUGACCUUGACCUUUACAGCUCAAUGGAAAACAAUCGUACGAUUUUUUACAAUUCGCCUGUAAUUGUUUAUUAUUUACAUUAUGUUGUUAUU